AGAAGAGCUCUGUCGUCACAAGAGCAUAGACCCAGGGCGAUGGUCACUCAAAAAGAAAGCACACCAAAACCAACAAGAAAAACUAGAACAACUAAUUAGGACCUCAUAUGCCAUGGUCUCAGCCGCUGGCCGCCUGGAAGAAACAAAUAAAACCACCCCGGCCACACAAGCCCCCCUAGUAGCCGCGCCAGUAGCAGCACCGGCAGUAAAAACCCCCGCAGUAGCAGAACCCCCAAAACCAGCAGAACCCAUAAUCAACCAAGAGAAACACACGGCCGCCACCGCCCCAGCUCUCCUGUACCCCGAGCUCCCUAGAGAACAGCAUGAGGUGCCACCCCCGUAUAGCCCAGCCAACCCCUUCAGCCAGGCAGUGCUGCACCCUAUGAGGGCUGGACCCACCGACGGGUAUUACCAGAUAGAGGGAAAAGUCUUAUUAAACCAAACAUCCCCACCUUUGACCAGAGCAGGGGUACAAGGACCGUCCCCAGAUAGGAGAUACCAAGAUACCCCAUACCCUAGACAGGAACACAGCAAAGAAAGGGGAGGGGGAGCUAAAACAAGCGAGCAUGAAGACACAGAUACUCCCCGAAGAAAUGAAGGUAGGGCGUUAGCCGAGGCGAAUUUAGAGGCCGAGUUAGCACAAAGAAACAGAGACAGGGCCACCAGCACACCAAAAACACCCAAUCAAAGCAACUGGGGAGAAGGAGCAACUGGGGGACGGGAAGAACAGCAUAAGGGGGUAACAAAAGACUUGUUGGGCGAUUUUCUGGGAUCAUGGGACAAAGCAAGGGGAACAGGCUCAGGGGGAAGGACCACAAGGCGAAACUCAGUAACCAGCGAAGAAAAAGAAAGCAUAAGAUUGGGUUUAAAAAUGGGACAACAGAUAGAAAAAUACGAAGCCUCCGCAAAGAAACUGGAAGCAGAGAGCAGGAGGAGAGAUGAGGAAGAUGAAAGAGACACUAAACAAAAAGAGGCUGACAUAAUACGCCGAACAGAGGCCGCAGAAAGGAGAAGGGGAAGAGAGGAGGAAGAGCAAGAUGACAAACAGUGGGACGACCUGCUAGCAGGGGCAGACGAAGCAGAGGAGGAGGACGAGCCAGAAGAACAGGUCCUUCCGAUGCACUUACCUAGAACCCCUAGGACCAGAAAUGAGACUCUAGGGCAGAAAAACCGCGCAAGUAGGCCCAUCACCAUAGCUAUGACAGGAAUAAUAGAAUCAGGUUACGUUCCAGGAGCGGUGACUAGAGCACGAACGCAGAAAAGGCGACAUAACGCUACCCAAAUGCUAAUGACUGAAGCCAGCCCCCCACCAAUUCACCCAUCCUCUCCCGAGCCCCCGGCGAGACAGAUGCCCUUAAUAACUACUUCUCAGGGGGCCAGGGUGUAUCAACCUUUCUCCCUAUCAGAUUUAGGGACCAUGUCCGCCCAGAUGCCACCCCUGUCCCAGGGAGGGGCACCAUGGAUAAGGUCAUUCACAUCCCUAGGGGCGGGUCAAGCAUUAUGCCUUGGGGAUUUCCGCCGCAUACUAGGAGACCAGACAAAUGCCUCGUUGCAGAGUUCGCGGACGAAUCCACAGCAGCCAGAGCCAAAGGACACACAGAGGAAGCUGAGGGCAGCAGGGACGCUGAAUACGUCUGCCUGAAGACGAUCAAACCCAAGUGGUGUGCUCCAAGGUUCUCUGAACCACUCAAGGUAACCCAGCGAACAGAUCAUGCAGUCAGAGUAGACGGAAAAGGAGACACGUGGUACCAAUGGAGCAGGUGUGUGGAAGCACCAGCACCUACCAGGACCCUCGCUGACACCAUCCAGGACCUAGGCCAACUGAACAUCAGGCAAACAACCGAAGCCCCCCAACCCCCAAGUGUGGACAUCGACUCCACUUCCGAGGAGGAGGAGACAACAGGGGAACCAACAGCAGCCCAGGAGAUAACAGCCGGCGAGGAGGCACAACAAGGGACCGCUCCCCCAAAGUAGGCGGUACACCACACGCAUCACAUACACACACCACACAAGAGACACUCACCUACACUGAUACACCAAGGAACUUUUACAAGAAAAACAAAGAUGAAGAAGAACUCAGGACCUAACCAACACCUCUAUUGCUUGGCCUUAACACUGUGUUUUUUCAUUAUUGUUGGAAUAAUCAUUAUCAUAGUGGGUGAAAGGGGGAGGCAAAUCAUUGACCAAAGUAAUAAUCCAAAUUCCCCACAAAAUAAAACUACACAAGAUACCUUUUCUCCUCCAAAAAACAGCCUAACUAGACACGUCCGCAAUGUGGCCGGCACAGUAGAUACGGCAAAUUUAACCCAAUGUAACCAGAAAGAUGCAUUGAGACACAUCUCGCUGACACUUUGCCUACCCUCGGACUCAAGCACCACUACCCUCAUCCCGUACACCAGUUUGUCAAACGAACUCAACCAAAAAGGAGGGUCGUGGGGAAACAAAUACCAAUGGUACAUGACGCUAGACAUUUGGUUCGGAAAAGGCGAUCCCAAUGAAAGAUAUAGCUAUGGUCGAGCGUGGACCGACUUGGUGGGAGAGACAGGGGCGGAUUGGAGUUCAUCGUCAACAGGAACAGCGAAAAAAGUAAGGCAAAGAGUACACCUGGCAAAAUCCUCAUCUGGCCUCGUAGUACAGUUAGACUUAACGGGGGUACCCCAACCCAAGAAAGAUGAACCCCCUUGCGCAUCCUUUUAUCUAUGGCCCAAGACAUCGCCAAGCCCCCAAUUCUCUAUAUACGUAUGCAUGUCCAGUCGCAUUAAAAGACCACAAUCUGACAUAGUAUCCGUCCAAAAGGGGGUGGUGAUCCACUCCACUAAGGAGUGGACGACUGAUCAAGAGUUCCAAGCAGCAACUGGAAUCUCGGGACACUCAGCAAACAGCAACAACUGGUUACUGAUGGCACAACAAGCCGCGCUAGACACAGGCGAUGACUGCCUCGUUUGUAUGGGAGCCAGACCCCUGCUCCACAUAAUUCCUGCCCCGGUAGAACCAAGGUGUGCCACUGAAAUAAUGGGGACAGACAACCCUCAACACAAUUGCUCUAAAUACGACGUUUACUUCCCUUUAGCUAACGCGGAAUUAAAAAAGCCCUUAUUCUUUGCAAAAGUUCCGAGGUUGAAUUACACCUGUUUCCACACCACAAUCAGAAACACCGGGGGGUUCAACAAAACUCUCUGCGACCACAUAGUGACACCAACUACACCUGGACGUGGUGUAAUCCGAGCAGACAUAUGGUUCCACUGCAGUGGCAACCAACUCCACGAUCGCGUCCCAUAUAAUGCCAGUGGUCUAUGUGCACUGGUCACUUUGCUUCUACCAGUGAAAACCUACAAAUUAAAAGUAGGGGACAUAACAAACCUGGCAGAACAAAUACCCCUAUCAUACUACGAACAGAGUCAAACGCGAAGCCAUGAUUGACCCAGAUCCAACGUACAUAGACGCAAUAGGGGUACCACGGAGCGUACCAAGUGACUACAAAAUAGCCGAUCAAGUAGCGGACGGCUUCACAUCCAUCAUCUGCCCCUGGUGUGUCAUCAAUAAAAACUCAGACCGCAUCAAUUACAUUCAUUAUAAUAUCCAACGCCUAGGAAACCUCACACAUGCCGGACUCAAGGCAGUUAGUGAGCAAUUGAAAGCCACAUCACUCAUGGCCUAUCAAAACAGAAUGGCCCUAGACAUGCUCCUAGCAGAAAAAGGCGGAGUAUGUGCAAUGUUCGGAGAGCAAUGCUGCACCUUCAUUCCCAACAACACCGCUGCAGAUGGCACUCUACAAAUAGCACUGGACGGUCUGAAAACCCUCAACUCCCGCAUGAAAGAUCAAUCUGGUAUCGACGGUAAAUGGGACGAAUGGAUGUCAGUGUUCGGUAAAUACAAAACCCUGGUCACCUCAGUAUUGGUAUCAAUGGCCGUGUUUGCAGAAAUUUUGACCUUGUGCGGGUGCUGCUGCAUCCCAUGUAUCCGCUCAAUGGUGGACAAAAUAAUUAGUACCGCCAUAGCACCUUCUACUCCCCUGGGCCAACAACUCGCCUUGCUAUCCUUAGAAAACAACCCAGACAUUGAAGAAGGCGAAGAAGAAGCGGCAGCAAUGGACACUUUCCCGACAGCACCACCAGUACCACCGUAUGGCAGAAUGUGGGAAAGAGAGACAGAAGCCUAAAACAGCUGACAUAAAUGUACAUAAACAAUAGCGUUGUUUUGUUGCCCCAAUCAUUAGAAUGGGGCAAAAGGGGGAUUGAAGGAUAAAGAUAAGGCAAAUGUGGCAGUGAAUAUAAGAUAUAGUGGGCCUAUCAUGGAAAAGCUAAGACAUUGAGCUGUCUGAGUGGAAAAGUACAGUACUGUGUUAAAGUCCAACUGCUGAGAAGCCUCAGUGGAAAUAUACUAUGUGAAUACUGUGUGCAACAAAAACGCGGGGUCAACCAGAUUAAGAACAGAGGCAUCCUGUUAUGUCCAAACUGAUAAGCCACAAGGUUGCAGAACUCAUUAUUCUCACACUAAAUCACCCACCAAGCAGGCGCAACAGUUCACAAGGGCAGUCUUGUGAGUGAAACCAGAUAAGGAAGUGAGUGAAAGCAAAUAAGGAAGUAACAAAAGCGCGCCAAAGUCUAACCUAAGAGUUGCUAGGGUAGCAACGGCAGAUUACACCACAAGAAAGCAGCGAAGGUGGGGGCUCCGCUAGGAACAGUAUAUAAGCAGGAUGUAUUCAGUACUCGAGGCUCUCUCUUCAACUGGGAUCUUACACUGACGAGCUUGUCACGGUGAGAACUCAAGAAGAAGGAGUCCAAGGCGCUUUGUGGUAGUAUCAGAUUGAUGUAUCUUUGUUGAACUGUGUAAUAAAGUGCUUAUUUGAAGAAACAAUCCAUUGGAGUGCAAAGUCUAGUUUUGUACAGCUAACAGAGAAUAGUGUCUAGGACACAAUUCCUUUUCCCUCAGAACUAAGAAACGGUCAUCGGCAGAUCCGGACAGCGACCCCGCUCUAGCCAUAUCCAAACUAUCUGCGCGGAGGACGGACCUGGUCCGGUAGACUCCAACAAACCUCAGAGAAGUCCGAAGGGGGUCCAUAUUCUGCACUGCACAACACAAACCACCCCAGGAUCCAGCUCUCCUAAGAUGCUGCCCUCACCAACUGGUCCCUGCCAGACUAGCAGUCGCAGCCUGGUCUUUGGUCUGGGCCCCAGCAUCACCAGUGAGG